CUGUGAUUGGCUGGAGGCGGGGCCGGGGGUGUCAUGGCGGCUCCCGCGUGGUCCGAGCGGGUCCGGGAGCUGCUGAAGCGGAUGAACAAUUUCCACGAGCCCGGCUCGUCCCGGGACCAGUGCCUGCCGUUCCUGGUGGCGGGGCAGCGCGUGGGCUCCGUGCCCGCCCCGGUGGCCCAGCGGCUCCAGGGCUACCCGGCUGUGUUCAGCGGGUGCCCCGGGCCCGGCCACGUUGAGCUCCACCCAGAGCUGGCGUCCCACGAGCAGCGCACGGCCGCCGUGGGGCAGGUGCUCACGGAGCUGCGCGACCUGGGGGCUUUCCCCUGCCUGCGUGAAUGGAGAGACGAGCGCUAUGAGGUGAUGCCCCGGUUCUGCGACCCGCCUCUGUUCAGCAUGGAGCGCGCGGCCACCGCGCUCCUGGGGGUUCGCUGCUACGGCACCCACCUGAAUGGCUACACCUGGCGCAGGGGCCGCCCCUGCAUGUGGCUCGGCCGCCGCGCCCCCACCAAGCCCACCUACCCCGGCCGGCUGGACAACCUGGCGGCGGGGGGCAUCGCAGCUGGGCUGGGGGUGAUGGAGACGCUGGUGAAGGAGUGCCAGGAGGAGGCCUGCAUCCCCCCCACGCUGGCAGCCAAGGCCCGGCCUGUGGGCACCAUCAGCUACACCUAUGAGGACCAUCGGGGCAUCUUCCCCGAGUGCCAGUUUGUUUUUGACCUGGAGCUGCCCGAAGACUUCGAGCCCCGCGUGGGCGACGGGGAGAUGCAGGAGUUUUACCUGUGGGGCCUAGAUGAGGUGAAGAACGCCAUCGCCUCAGGUGACUUCAAACCCAACUGCGCGCUGGUCGCCCUGGAUUUCCUCAUCCGGCACGGCCACAUCCAGCCCCACCACGAGCCCCACUACGCCGAGCUGGUCGAGGGGCUGCACCGGACCCUGUGAGAAGUCGCCGCUCGUCUCCACUUCUGCUGCCCCCGCCCAGCGACCGCCGCUCCUGUGCCCCCGGCCCCUGCCUGAAUAAAGCCUGCCUCCCCCCA